CAACUAUUGGUUCUAAUACAAAACUGGUUAUUUAAUUUUGGCAUGUUGGCACUUCGCCAGUUUCAGAGUGUACACUCAAGAAUUCAUCUUCAUUUCUGUCCCACACAGGAGGAAAACAUAAGAUCUAAAAAAGAGAGUUCUAAUGGAGGGUCAUCCUUAUUCUCCUAAAGAUCUAAUCUUGCCUGGUUAUGUUCCCAAUUUUCUAUCUGCUUUAUCAAUUUUGGGUAUUUUUGCUGCUGCUUCGAUCAUUGUUUUUUCCAUCUCAUGGAUUAUUUCUGGGUUAUUUUCAAAGACAACAAAACUCGAAAAGCUGCUCAUAUUCUGGUUUACUUUCUGUGGCUUAAUACAUAUAAUCAUCGAGGGAUACUUUGCCUUCACACCCAAUUUCAUCAAGGACAAAAAUGGUUUUUACUUGGCAGAAAUUUGGAAAGAGUACAGCAAAGGCGAUUCCAGAUACGCCUCUUUUGACUCUGCUAUAGUUUCUGUUGAAAUGGCAACAGCUGUUGCUUGGGGCCCUGCCUGCCUUUUAGCAGCGUAUGCUAUAGCUGCUCACAAGAGCUAUAGAUAUGUUCUUCAAUUGGUGAUUUCUGUGGGCCAAAUCUAUGGUGUAGUUAUAUAUUACAUAACCGCGAUUUUGGAAGGGGACCAUUUUUGGGCGAGUCCUUUGUACUACUACGCAUACUACGUUGGAGCAAAUUCACCAUGGGCAUUGAUACCUUUCCUUAUAAUUGUUAGAUGUUGGAGAAACAUAUGUGAAUCCGAAAAUAGAAAUAGUAAUAAGAAAAAAGUCCAAUGAACUUGGCAACAAUGUUGCGAUGGUUUUUCUUUUUUUUUUUUCGUGCUUUUUAGCAAGCUUUCAGUUCUUGUUUUACUUGGUUUCAGCUCAUUAUGGUCGCGAAAAUUCAUAUAAAUAGUCAUUGGAUUUGAAUUCCCUCAUUUAUUUUUCAUAUAACGUUCAGUUAUAUUUCUCAUG